GUAAACAGCCCGACCCGGGAAAGUCGAGUUGUGGCAGCGUCAGGGUGUCGCGGGGCAGCGGGGCAGAGGUCCCUGCGCUGACAUUCGGAGGCCGACAUGACGGCCCCAGGUCACAGCCUCCUCGCGCCGCUGUUGGAGACUUUGGAAGACCCCUCGGCCUCCCAUGGAGAGCAGACCGACGCUUACCUGGCUCUGACCAGUCGAAUGACUGGAGAAGAAGGAAAAGAAGUCGUUCUAGAAGUUGAGAAAAAACUUCCUAGUCUGUACGAAGCUUUAAAGACUCAUAUUUCCAGUCAAAACUUGGAGCUCAGUAGUGCUGCUCUACAGGCUUUGGGAUUUUGCUUAUAUAAUCCCAAAAUUGCCUCUGGGUUAUCAGAGGCAAAUAUUCAGGAACUGCUUUCAAAAUUGAAUGAUAUUGUUAAGAGUUCGGAUAAAAAUGUACGUACCAGGGCACUUUGGGUGAUAUCCAAGCAGACAUUUCCCAGUGAAGUUGUUGGCAAACUGGUAUCCAGUAUAAUUGACUCAUUAGAAGUAGUGUUUAAUAGAGAAGAGAUACAUUCUGCCAUUGUUGAUUUUGAAGCCUUAAAUGUUAUCAUAAGGCUAAUCGAACAAGCCCCCAUUCAAAUGGGAGAAGAGUCAGUGAGGUGGGCAAAACUGGUCAUACCGUUAGUGGUUCAUUCAGCACCAAAGGUACAUUUGCGGGGAGCGACUGCCCUGGAGAUGGGCAUGCCAUUGUUGCUUCAGAGACAACAAGAAAUAGCAUCUAUUACAGAGCAGCUUAUGACCACUAAAUUAAUCCCAGAACUCCAAAAGCUAUUCAUGAAUAAAAAUGAGACAUAUGUGUUAAAAUUAUGGCCUUUGUUUGUCAAACUUCUUGGAAAGACCUUACAUCGAAGUGGGAGCUUCAUCAAUUCUUUGUUACAGCUAGAAGAACUGGGAUUCCGUAGUGGAGCACCCAUGAUAAAAAAAAUAGCAUUUAUUGCUUGGAAGAGUUUAAUAGACAAUUUUGCUUUAAAUCCAGAUAUACUGUGUAGUGCAAAAAGACUCAAGUUGUUAAUGCAGCCUUUGAGUUCCAUCCAUGUGAGAACAGAAACUCUAGCAUUAACAAAACUAGAAGUCUGGUGGUAUUUACUGAUGAGACUUGGACCUCAUCUUCCUGCUAAUUUUGAACAGGUUUGUGUACCUCUAAUUCAGAGCACAAUAAGCAUUGAUUCUAGUGCUUCACCUCAGUUUAAUUCAUCCCGUGUGACUACUUCUCCAGGUUUAAACUCUAUGACUCCUGUACAUAAAGGUGCUUCCCCAUAUGGAGUUCCUGUAAAUCCCCGGUUGAGCAUGAGUUCAAAUUUAAGUGGAAUGGCCACAAUCCCUUCCAUUCAACUUUUGGGACUUGAAAUGUUGCUUCAUUUUUUGUUGGGGCCAGAAGUCUUGAAUUUUGCUAAACAAAACAAACUUGUACUGAGCCUAGAGCCACUUGAACAUCCGUUAAUCAGCAGCCCUUCUUUUUUUUCCAAACAUGCAAAUACACUUAUUACUGCUAUUCACGAUAGCUUUGUUGCAGUUGGAAAAGAUGCUUCUGAUGCAGUUGUCACUGCUAUAUGGAACGAGCUAAUAAGCCUGGUGAAAUCAGUUACUGAAUCGGGUAACAGAAAAGAGAGACCAGGUUCUGAAGUUUUGACCCUCUUACUAAAGUCUUUGGAAAGUAUAGUGAAGUUAGAAGUAUUUCCUGUAUCGAAAACAUUGGUCCUCAUGGAAAUUACAAUUAAAGGACUUUCUCAGAAAGUAUUAGGUUCACCAGCAUAUCAGGUUGCUAAUAUGGAUAUUCUUAAUGGAACUCCAGCUUUGUUCUUAAUUCAGUUACUUUUCAACAACAGUCUCUUGGAAUGUGGUGUAGCAGAUGAAAGGUUUUUUCUCAAUCUGGAAAGUCUUGUAGGGUGUGUUCUUUCUGGUCCAACUUCACCACUAGCAUUCAGUGACUCUGUUUUAAAUGUCAUUAAUCAAAAUGCAAAGCAGUUGGGAAAUAAGGAGCAUCUCUGGAGAAUAUGGAGUAUUAUAGUCACCCCGUUAACUGAGUCAAUUAAUCAGACCAAUGAAGUCAAUCAAGGUGAUGCCUUAGAACAUAAUUUUAGUGCCAUUUAUGGUGCAUUGAUUUUACCAAUAAAUCAUAUUUUUUCAGUACAGAAAUUUCCUGUGGCCACUAUGAAGACCUUACUUAAAACUUGGUCAGAACUGUAUAGAACGUUUGCUCGCUGUGCUGCUUUGGUGGCAACUGCAGAAGAAAAUUUGUGCUGUGAGGAACUUUCCUCUAAAAUAAUGUCUGGUUUGGAAGAUGAAGGCCUUUCAAAUUUGUUUUUCUUGGAUAGAAUUGUUCAUAUUAUUAUGGUGAUGGUUGACUGCAUUGACUUCUCACCGUACGAUCUUAAAUAUCAACCCAAAGUUAAAUCACCACAGAGACCUUCAGAUUGGUCCAAAAAGAAGAAGGAGCCCCUUGGAAAAUUAGCUUCUUUAUUUAAACUUAUUGUGAGAGUGAUCUAUUCUUUCCACACUCUGAGCUUCAAGGAAGUACAUUCUGAUACUCUCCUCGCUAUUGGAAGCUCGAUCACCAGUAUUCUUUCCACUGUACUUGGACAUAUUUCUUUGCCUUCUAUGACCCGAAAAAUAUUUGCAACCCUAACAAGACCUCUGGCAUUACUUUAUGAAAGCUCAAAACUUGAUGAAAUUCCUAAAGUGUAUAGUUGUCUGAACAACAAGUUAGAAAAGCUACUUGGAGAAAUUAUUGUUUGUCUACAGUUCACUUAUACUGGAACUUAUGACAGUGAACUUCUUGAACAUCUUGCUCCACUAUUGUGCAUAAUUUUUCUGCACAAGAACAAACACAUUAGAAAACAGAGUGCUCAGUUUUGGAAUGCCACAUUUGCCAAAGUGACGAUGUUGGUUUAUCCUGAAGAAUUAAAGCCAAUACUAAAACAAGCCAAACAAAAAUAUUUGCUUCUGUUGCCUGGUUUGGAAAAUGUUGAAAUGAUGGAGGAAUCCAGUGAACCAUACUCAGAUGCAACAGAGUAUUCACAAUUAAAUAUGAAGAUAAGUGGCAUGGAAAAGAAAUCAAGCAGAAAAAGAGAUUCCUUUUUGGCACAAAGAAAGGAGAAGAAGGAGUAUAUGAAAUCAUCAGUCAAACUGAGACGAGAAUCUUCAUCUUUGAAAGUGAAGAGUCAAAUGCUUUUGGAAGAAGAGAAGUCUGCUGACUUUGUGUUUAUACCUCCAGAAGGAAAAGAAGUAAAAGAAAGAAUAUUAACUGAGCAUCAAAAAGAAGUACUCAAAACAAAGCGAUGUGAUAUUCCUACCAUGUAUAAUAAUCUGGAUGUUUCACAAGAUACCUUACUAUCUCAAUAUAGUCAGGAAGAGUCUAUGGAAAUCCCUACUUUAACCAAAAAACCAAAGGAGGAUUCUCAGAUGAUGAUUAAGGACGAACAAAUGGAGAGUGACAUUAUCAUUUCCCAAGAUGUCACGGGAAACUGUGGUAUGGAUGAACAUCUUGCAAAGGCUUCCCUUUCAAAUAAUGAGUGUAGUACCAUUUGUGAAACAAAUUCAAAAAUACUGAGCAGUAAUGAUGAUGCCAGAAAGAAAGCUUUCAAGAAAACUUCAACUGAGUGUGCAUCUAGUGCAGAAAAUUCUUUUGCUGGCCCUAGCCCAGUUUCUAAUGCCACUAUUUCUGGAACUCCCCUACAUCCAACAAGUCGGAGGCAGACCUUUAUUACCUUGGAAAAGUUUGAUGGCUCAGAAAAUAGACCUUUUAGCCCAUCCCCUUUGAAUAAUAUGUCAUCAGCUGUUACAGUGAAAAAUAACCAGGGAAGCAUGACUAAUAUACUAAUUUCACCAAAAGCAAAGAGAAGAGAAGUGAAUCUUUCAAAAUCUGACUCUGACAAAAUAGUAAAGGGAGUUAAGAGAGCAGGCCGGAGGUCAGGUAAAGCUGAACAAACAGGUAAUAAAAGGUCUAAGUCCUUAAUGAAACCUGAACAGGAGAAAAAUACUAAGAAAUCUAUGGAAGGCAUGAUAGCCUUAGAAAAUAGUCCACCUAGUUUUCUUAAUCAGACAGAAUGUGUGUCAGAUAAUCAGGCUCAUCUUUCUGAAUCUACAGUGGAGUAUGAAGGCACAAAGCUUAAACCAGCAAUAGAAAGCACCGUGUCAUUGGAAAACAAUGUAGAACAAGAGAAUGUGGGAAUUAAUUUGGAAUCCAAAGAAAAUACACCCCCAGCAGUAAUACCAGCAGAUCAAAUGGUUAAUGAGGAAAGCCAAGUUCCAACAACUCCAAAUCAAAAAACCCUUAGAAGGUCUUCAAGGCGACGUUCAGAGAUAGCAGAGUCAACCCCUGAUAGCCAAGAUAAAGAAAAUAAUCAUCAAAAAAAGGAAAGACGUAAGGAUGAAGAAAAACCUCUCCAGAAGAGUCAGUUGCAUGUUAAAGAUGAUGUUUUACCUAAGCCAAAACUGAUUUCUGAGCAAACUGUACAGGAAAAUUUAAUAGAGAAAGGAAAUAGUUUACAUGAAAAGACUUUUGGGGAAACCAGUGCUAAUGCUGAAACUGACCUAAAUAAAAGAAUGCCAGACCUUGAAAAUACCAAAUCUGAGGGAGAUGGUCCCCAGGACAAUACAGAUAAGUCCUCUGAGAAACCAGUAAGAGGGCGAACACGGUAUCAAACAAGAAGAGCAUCUCAGGGUUUGCUUUCCAGCAUUGAAAACUCAGAGUCUGAUAGUUCUGAAGCAAAAGAAGAAGGUUCAAGAAAGAAGAGAUCUGGCAAAGGAAAAAACAAAGGCAAUGACAUUGUUGACAUUGAAUAUCAAGAAGAAAAAAUGGUAAAACAAGAAUGUGUGAAAGUGGAAAAUCAGGCACAUGAUUAUAAAGCAAGUUCUGAAGUAGAUGUAGACCUAAGAACUCAAAUUUGUGAAAAAAAAGAUGAAAGUACUGUAAUACUCGAGGAUUCUAUGCUAUCUUCAGAUUUAUCACAAGUUUCUGAUAUACCAAAUAUUUGUGAGGAAAAAAAUAAAACUAGCAUAUGUGCAGAAUAUUCCUUUCUAAGUCCAAUUGUGCCAGAAUCCAAUCUAAGGACUAGAAAUGCUAAUAAGAGAUUACAAAAACAAGAAUCUAUUGAUACUAGUAGUCUGGGAGAAUCCUCAAAAAUAGGGACAUCAGAUAUCUCUUUGCUUUCUGAAAAAUCUUUACAAACACCUGAAUGCCAACACAAGAGAAGUAGGAGAGUAAGGAGAUCUAAAAGUUGUGAUUGCUGUGGGGAAAAGUCACUGCCCCAGGAAAAAUCACUCAUUGGUUUAAGGAAUACAGAAAAUUGUGAUGUAAAUAUCAGUGAAAUGAAAAAGACAGACUCACAAACAACUGUAACUGUCUCAGAAACUUCUAACAGGAACAAUUUGUGUUCCGAAGUUUUAGAUGAGUAUCAUAGUGUGAAUUUUCAUUUGGGUCUCAAGGAAGAGAGUGAUACUGUUAACGACUCAUUACUUGUUUCCAAAACUGAGUUAAAAGAAACUACCGUUCAGGAAUGUCUUGAAAGCCAAAGAAUUAGCCCAUGUUUAGGUGAGUCCAAAGACACUUCACAGGAAUUUUCUCCUAUGGAGACUGAAGAAGAAAAACCAGACAAUACCCUGGUAAAAGAGACAAGUAUAAAGAAUGUUGUUAGUGUUGAAGACAAUGUAUGUGAAGUAACAACAAAAUCAAAUUUAGAGGAAGUAGAAGCUAUGGAAUUGGAUAUAGAAAGUGACAAAUCUGAAGUUAGCGUCCCUGAACUAGAAAGUGCCAAAAUUGUUAUUUCUGAAGAAGUGGCAAUGGCAAACAGUAUUGAAAAAAGUAAUAAACCUGAAGCAGACACAGAUGAACUGAAUGCUAAAGAAGUAGCACCUGAAGAAUUUAAUUCAGAUAUUAGUCUUUCUGAUAUUACCACAGUUGUAAAAGUGAAUUAUCAAACCGAGAUUUCUGAACAAACAGUUUGCAAUCUAAAUGGGGGAAAGGAUGAACCUGAUCCAAGCUCAUCUGAAGAAGUGAAUGCUGAAAUAGAAAAUUGUGCAGGAAUUAACACAGCAGUAGAUGCUGAAUCUCACCAUCCCAAUGAGACAGAGGAUAGGGAUAUGAUCACCAAAACCUCUAAACAUGAAGCUGAAACAAAAAGCUUGAAUGCAGUAAUAGACAAUGACACAUUUGAAAUGAACAGUGAAGAAGGGAAGAUUGACUCUAAUAAAACUGAAAUACAGACUGAACUUAAUAAAUCCAAAGAAACAAAUCCAGAUGACAGUCGAGCGAUAGUAGGAAAUGAAGAUAAUUUACAAGAAAUUCUCCAUAUUUCUGGGAAAGUGGAGGAUGCAUCACAGUCUGUGACAUCUGAAACAGCUGUCUCUGAACUGAUAACAGAAGAUAAUACAACUCCUCAAAAAUUAAAGGAACUUAGUACCUUAUUUCUGUCAGCAAAUGAGAGUCCUAGUGGCACACAGACACGUUGUGUCUGGUCUCCUUUGGCUUCUCCAUCCACCAGCAUUUUAAAGAGAGGACUGAAAAGACCCCAAGAAGAUGAGAUCUCAUCACCUGUCAAUAAGGUUCGCCGUGUCUCCUUUGCAGAUCCAAUAUACCAAGCAGGAUUGGCAGAUGACAUUGAUAGGCGAUGCUCUAUUGUUAGGUCCCAUUCUUCAAAUAGUUUUCCCUUAGUAAAAAGUGUUAAAACUUCACCUACUUUACAAUAUAAGCAUAAUACCACUUCUGCCAAAGGAUAUCUGUCCUCAGGAUCACGUAGCCCUAAAUUUAAGAGCUCAAAGAAGUGUUUAAUCACAGAAAUGGCAAAAGAAUCUGUGCCUUGCCCAACAGAAAGUGUUUACCCAGCCUUAGUGAACUGUUUGGCACCAGUUGACAUCAUUUUACCUCAGAUUACAUCAAACAUGUGGGCAAGAGGCCUGGGACAACUUAUUAGAGCCAAGAAUAUAAAAACAAUUGGUGAUUUGAGUACUCUUACACCGUCUGAAAUAAAAACACUUCCUAUUCGGUCUCCAAAAGUGUCCAAUGUAAAAAAGGCUCUGAGAGUUUAUCAUGAGCAACAGGUGAAGUCUCGUGGACUAGAAGAGAUUCCAGUUUUUGAUAUUUCUGAAAAAACAUUAAAUGGAAUCGAAAAUAAAUCUCUGUCUUCUGAUGAGGAAAGACUUGCCUCAGAUUUGGUUGAUCCCGUGGCGUUAGAACCUCCAUUAUCUAAAAACCUUGUGGCCCAGAUUAAUAAUCUUGCUCUUCAGCUGGAUUCAGAGGAUCUCCAUAAUUAUUCAGGAAGCCAGCUAUUUGAAAUGCAUGAAAAACUGGGUAGUAUGGCAAACUGUAUAAUAAGAAAUCUACAGUCACGUUGGAGGUCACCAACCCAGGAAAAUUCUAUUUAGAAUUUUCAGACAAUUGAAGUUUUGUGUGUAGGUGUGUGUUUUGUUUGUUUGCUUGUUCAUUUGUUUGUUUCUUUUAACAUCACUGGAUUUCUUGAUUGUUAAAAUAAGUUCUGAAGUUUAGCACAAUUUCAGAGAAGAAACUAUUUGUAAAGUUGAUAACAUUUUAAACCCCAAAGGACAAUGACUUAUGUAAGUUAAAUUUUAUAAUUUCA